AUGUCUGAAAAAGAAGAACUUGAAAAGAAACUAAGAGAAUUAAAAUAAAGGAGAUAAGCACGUACACAUAGAUCUAAUAUUGAAGAAACUGUAGAAAAUUUAGUCCGUUAAAAAGAAGCAAAAAGUAUUAUUCCAGAAGAAGAAUAAAAAACAGAAAUUAAAAAUACAUCUCCAAUAAAAUAAUAAUAAUAAAAUUAAUAAAAAUAAUGUGAAUAAUAGCAAGCUAACAUUUAGCCUUAAAAAAUAAGAAAUAUGGAAUUUGUCUAAUUUGUUGGAGAAAUAAAUAUUGUUUCAAAAGAGAAAUAAACCUAUGAAGUAAAAAUUCAGUGUAAUUUAGAUUAGGAAAAAUAAUUUCAUAAUUAACCUGAUUAUGUAGAAGAAAAAGAGAAAACUUAAAGUAUGAAAGUUUAAACAAGCAAUACUUAAAAAUAAGAACAAUAAGAAAUAAUUAAAAGUCCGACUUAAAUAAUUGGCAAUAAAUAAUAAAUAUUUACUUAACCUGAAAAAGUAACUCUUUCUCAAGAAGAUAUAAGCCAUAUAACAAAAUCCAAAAAUUUUUUAGAUUUUUUCCAUAGAAGUUCAAAGCUAGUUGAAAAAGUGUUAGAAAAAGAUUAAAUAGAUAUAUGCGCUUUAGAAGAUAUAAUAGGAUAAUAAGUUCAUAAUGAAUAAAAUGUCACAAAAUCAUACUUAACACACUAUUUGAAACUAAAGGAUACAUAAUAUAGCUAAAAUAGAGUUAUAACAAGUUUAGAGUGGUCUCCAAACAGGAAUGAUUUGCUCCUUGCCUCAUAUUCUUAAAACGAAUAAGGAAACAUAAAUGACCCUGUAGGAUUAGUAGCUUUAUGGUCAUUAGGCUUAAAAUCUAGACCUGAAUUUUAUUGCUUUUGUUAAUCUUAAGUUACAGUAGCAAAGUUUUAUCCUUAUCAAGAGAAUUUGAUUUUAGGAGGACUAUAUAAUGGAUAAAUUGUAUUAUGGGAUUUAAGAGCAAAAACUUUACCUGUAUCAAGAACAUCUUUUACAGUAGGGCAUUCUUAUCCUAUUUAUUCCUUAGAUGUUGUAGGCUCUUUAAAUGCUCAUAAUAUAGUUUCAGUUUCAAAUGAUGGAAAAUUAUGUACUUGGAAUUUAAGUAUGGGUACUAUGUUACAAAAAACAGUUGAUUAAUAACUUCAAAAUGCUCAAAAUAGUACUAAAUAAAAGCAAGAUAUUAAUGUGACUUGCAUGCAAUUUCCUUAAGGAGAUACAAAUAAUUUUUAUAUAGGAGCUGAAGAUGGUUAAAUAUAUAGAUCUUAAUUGCAUUAAAAAUAAAAUAAUUCAAGUCAAAAUAUUGUUUCUUAAUGCCAAGCACAUGAUGCUAUGAUUUCUUCUUUAAGUAUUAGUAAUGAUCCUAAUGGAGUUCAUUAAUUGUCUGGAUUAGUUCUCACUAGCUCUUUUGAUUGGACUGUAAAACUAUGGAAUCCUAAACAGGGUGGUGAAUUUAAACAUAUAUAAACUUUUGAUUACUCAGAAGAUUAUGUUUUUGAUGUAUAAUGGAAUACUGUUAAUCCAACUAUAUUUGCUUCUGUUGAUGGCGAAGGCUAUUUAGAUAUAUUUGAUUUAAGUGAAGAUAUUGAAAAUCCUUAAUAUCACGAAUAGGAAGGUAUAUUAUUUAUUUAAAUUUAAUAAAAGUAUAUUUAUUUAAAAGAUAAAUAUGCAUUAAAUAAAUGCAAAUGGAGUAAUGAUGGGUUAAAAAUAGCUACAGGAGAUUCUAGAGGAACAAUCAAUAUUUAUAAUUUAGACAAAAAGAAAAAUGAAACAAAAAAAUGA